GGAGAAACCCAGAGGGAGGAACCAAGAGAGAAUGUGUGUGUUUAUGUGUGUAAGAGAGACCUGGGACGACAGACUGCUAUGAGGUGAUACGAUUUCACACCUACUAACUGGAAGAUUUUUGUUCUUUUAUUGAUAUUACUGCAGAUUAUUCAUGAGGACACAAAGGAUGGAAGGGAUUUUUAUGUUGUUGGUUACCAUGGACGGUAAAGUGGGUCAACACCUGAGAAGGAGCUGAAAGGAGCAGCUGAAAUAACGCAUUUUUGUAGCACUGAAAGAGCACGAGAGCGGAAGGAAAUACUUAACUUUCAGGGAAUACAAGAGAGAAAGAAUGCAGAACUGGAAAUAAUUUAUUGUCUUUUUAUAAAACAUAGAAAAAAAGAUUUCUGGUGCUUUUAUCACAUUGAGGACAUCAUCUAAUCUGCUGAUUUAUAUUCUGCUUAGCUGUUGUUGCUUGUAACAAUUUUUUCUUAUUAUUGGGUCCUUUUUCUGCCUUGAUUCAAACACAAAGAUAACCCAUCACCUUCCAGCUUCAAAGGUCAAGCAUUCCAAGUGAUCUAGAGUGCAGCUAAAGGAGAGAUAAUUUCCUCUAUUCACGCUGAAAUAGACGCAGACACACUCUGCUGUACUUCCACAAUGCAGGGACCAGCACCCGAGCACGAUGACACUUUUGAUUUUCUUUUUAAGAUCAUUCUUAUUGGGGACACCAAUGUGGGGAAAACCUGCAUUGUCCAGAAUUUCAAGUCAGGGAUUUUCUCAGAGAAACAGCAGAACACCAUUGGGGUGGAUUUUACUGUCAGGACGGUGGAUAUUGAUGGAAAGAAAGUAAAGAUGCAGGUUUGGGACACAGCGGGUCAGGAGAGGUUUCGCACCAUCACACAGAGCUACUAUCGCAGCGCUCAUGGUGCCAUGAUUGCCUACGACAUCACACGAGCUUGCACCUUUGACUCGGUGGACCACUGGAUCAAGGAGGUAGAGCUGUAUGGAGCAGCCAAUGUACUCUUGGUGCUAAUAGGUAACAAAUGUGACCUGGAGGAAGAACGGGAGGUUCCAUUCCAAAAAGCUUGCAAUCUGGCAAAAGAAAGAGGUAUACUAGCUGCUUUGGAGACAUCUGCAAAGCAAAGUCAGAAUGUGGAGGAUGCUUUCUUAAUGAUGGCCAGGGAGCUGUUGUCUCGGAAUGGCCUUCAUGUCCAGCAGGCUGAUGCUGAAAACCCAAGCAUGCCGAGGAUUCUAAUCAGGGAGAACUCUCGACCGAUAGACAUCAGCAUAGGGGCCUACAUUCCACCGGAGAAGGAGAAGAAGUCAUGCUGCUGACUUGGGGAAACUUUGACUGAAGAUGCUGAACAAUGUGAAGGACAUUUUAUUUAUCAAGAAUGCUGAGGAAUGAAAGAAACCAGGAUGCAUUAUGCUGGAUGCAUUUAUGUGGCAUAGAGAACCGAAAAUCAGCUAAAAUAGAGAGGUGCUGAGG